UCAGGUAAGUAACUCGAAAACAGUCUUCUGCAGAGCCUCAUAUAAGCGCUAUCCUCGGGAAAUUCCCCACGAGAUUGGGGUGCAAGACAGCGCCUUCAGGAGGCAGAAGUCGAGACUAGUGGAGUAAAUUGGCUUUCAGUGAAGCCAAGAUGGUGUGUCUCUGUUGCUGUUGUGACCCGCAUAAGCUGGCCUAUAUAUCAGGCAUCAUUACUGCUAUAGAGGCGGUGGUCUUCGCGGUGCUAAACAUAGUGCUAAUAUGCAUGAAUAAAUGCUAUAUCAAACCGCCAGACGUAUUAGUCUCCCAGAUCAGCAACUUUUGGUCCUGGUAUUUCUUCGACACCGGGGCAGAAACAUGCAAGGGAGUUCAUUUCACCGACGCGAUCCCCUACCCAAUCGACCCCAAAGACCGGCUCUCUCAAACAACAUCCGAGGAGAACUUCAAGUAUCAGAUCGCAUACCUGGUUCUCCAUGUACUGUGGUUUUUCUCCUGCUUCAUUAUGAUCUACGGUAACGCCAGGAAACGAUGGGGUUAUUACUUGCCGUGGCUUCUCAUAACCCUGUCUCUGCUCAUUAUGGAUGUCACUAUCUCCUCAUUCUUCAUUGAUGAUAUAAUGCUCUUGGAUGUCGAUUACCAGGUGAUCUUCGACGUGGGGCCGAUGGCACUGGCAGUAAGCUUGUACUUUCGAGGAUUCGCCAUCUGGCUCGUUAACCUCGUGGAGUUCGGAACAGUCAUGAACGCAUUUUGCAAGUCUCAUCAUAAAAGAUCCAAGCAGGAGAGGCAGCAGAAGAAACUAGAGAAGAAGCAAAGAGCUGAGCAGUUUCACCAGGAAGCCUCCCAAGCAGGAAGAAGAGCAAAAGCAGGUGUAGGAGCAGGUGGUGCAGCAGCAGUGACCGCCUCGGCAUUCGAGAACUACCCCCGUGGCCAAGGAGUGACCCAGUAUCACGCAACUGCGCCGCCACACGUCGUCGAUGAUGGCCACGUCAACCCAGUCUUCGACCCGGAUCACCCGCCAGUGUAUCCCAACCAGCCUGCACCCGUGCCAAGAGAGCUGCCGAAGGUACCGACGGAGCUUCGGCCCUUCUCGUACCUCAACCCAGGCUUCCGGCCUACGCACCCGCACGACGUGGACGGAAUGAAGGCAGGCGCGUUGGCGCAGGUCGAGCGCGGUUACCUUUCUGACGACGGGGGUCCUCGGAGGUCACCCUCAUAUCGCCCCGAUGCGCCGCCCUCGGACAACUUCCCCAAACGCCAUGAUUCGCUGAGAAGCUUGCCAGUCCAGCAGGAGCCUCCACGACUUCGCCGCUAUGCCUCCAGCCGCGACCAUGUUCGCCACGACCUCGGGAACAGCCCUGCCUACGACCCGCGACCACCAACCAUACUGCCACGGGUGAAUCUGAAGGCAGGACCCUCGCCCGUGAGAGGUCUCGAAAGCCACGCCCCUCGAGACUAUGGCCCGCCUCCCACUCGAAGGGAUGAGGUUAUUUACUUUUAACAUCAGAACAACUGAGCAAUGGAACAACUGAACGUAACCUACUGGGGGCUGUGUAUGGAGGUAAUCCGUAGUUAAUCUGGUGGAAAGUAUUUUUUAUUGAAUUCCUUUUCUGUGUAUGUGGAGGAUUUAUCAUAGCCCAGUUGUUAAAUGUACUAAACAUAGAUCACGAUUUGUUUUGCUCUAA